AUGCAACACUACAUUGAUCUUCAAUGGCUGGAUGCUCGGCUUGAAAAGCUGAAGUUGUAUUUGGAGGAGCUGAAGGUCAAUCUUGUACAUCUGGAAUCUCAAUGUAAAUAUCUGAGACCGCGAUUCCAAGAUGUGGAGAGUCAUCUUGAAUAUGCGAUGCCUCAGAUGGACGAUUUCAAGCCAAAUUUUCGACGUUUAGGAAUUAGUGGCAGAACACAAAGAUCUCUUUCCCAGAAGCUGCUGGUCUUCGGUUUGAUAGUCCUAUUCAUUGUUUCUUGGUCGAAUUUUCUGCGGCAAGGUGUAUCGUCGUCCACGAGUGGAAGGGCUGAAUCAGACAAUUCGGUUUUCAACGAUACUCUUGGGGUUUGUGUCCCUGCGAUGAGCUUGUACUGGGAGGUUCUGGCUGACAUAGGAGAAAAGUUCCAACACGUAUUCGCACUUGCCUUACCAGAUCGACUCGACAGAGUCCAGCCACUUUUAGACGCCGCCAAUGCCACUAAUAUUAACGUAACCAUCCUCGACGCUGUCAGAGACAAGCAGAUCCCCGAGGAUACCUGGCCCAAAGGAUGGUCAGAUAAUCAUGAGAAGAAAAGCGGUGAACUCGGCUGCCUCACGUCUCACGUAAGGACUUGGAAGAAGAUGAUCGCUGAAAACAUCGAAUCCGCUUUGAUCAUGGAGAGCGAUACUGACUGGGACCUUCGCAUCAAGGAGACCAUGCAGGGCGUAGCGUCCGCCUCCAAACGCCUAGUGGACUGGCCAUUCGAUGUCCCAAAACGCCCAGGCAUUUUUCCGUACGGCGACAAAUGGGAUGUCAUCUGGUUUGGUCACUGCGGCGCCUGGAACCACGAAAAUCACCGCAUAUAUAGCUUCAACGACAGCGCCGUGCCGCCAGAGGACUAUGAAUACACAUUCUCAGAUAAGCCACGAGAGGAGCAGCACAGACCAGGGACUAGAUCGGUGUUCCCACUCGGCUUCGCUGUCUGCUCCACCGCUUACGCCAUCAGCAAUGCCGGCGCCGUCAAGUUGGAAAAGGAAUUCCGAGAGGGUAGCGACAAUAUAGAUCUCCGGCUUGCGACUAUAUGUCGUGAGAAUCAAGAUGUGAACUGCCUCGGUGUUUGGCCCCAAGUUUUCACUGCGGCUAUUACAAAAACUAACAUCGAGCAUCCCCUCGGUGAGAUCGUAACGGGGGAGACGGCCGUGACGGAAUGGUAUCCCGGACUCGGUUUGCAGUACUCGGCGAGGCUGAACGCGGACAAGGUUCUCAACGGAUCUUCAACGGAGGACGAGUGGGACCCGCAGUGGAAUUCCACGUGGGCGCUGAAGAAUGAGACGUGGAUUCGGAUGGGAUUCGAGGAAGCGAAGAAGUUGGAGGCUGAGAAGACCAUGUCCGAUGAUCAUAUCGAGCAUAAUGGGAAAAGGAAGUUCUGGCAGUGGCAUAAUGGCAGAUAUGCUGGAACGAGGAGCUUCGGUUGA